AUGAAUACAGAAAUGCUUAUUGAACUAGUUCGCGAACGACCAUCACUAUACGAUAUGAGUGAUAAAAGAAAUAAAGAAUCGCUGUGGAGAGAAAUUGCCAGUGAAAUCAAUCAACCAGUUCAAAAUUGCAAAAAAAAUUGGACUAGUCUGAGAGAUGGGUACAGAAGAGCUGCUAAAAAAUCUAUUACAGUGUCAGGACAAAAAACAAAAUUUGUAAAAAAAUGGAAAUAUGCGGAUGAAAUGGAAUUUUUAAAAUCUCACAUGAAAGAAAGGGAUUCCAUAAGUAACAUAGAUGUGGUAACUGACGACGAAGAUGACGUUCUAUCUCAUUCAGAUGAUGAGAAAAAUUCAAGUGGGAGGUGA